AAUUCGUUUAAUUUUAUUCUUUACAACGCGAUUUUUCCCUCAUAAAUCAACAAGAUGUCAUAUAAAGGGGAUUUUUAAGCCAUUUAAAAAACGUUUUACGAUAGCACGUAGCCCAUUUCAAAAUUCUUACUGCUGACAGUUAUAGACGCCAACCAAACCUGCUGAUGCGCGGUAAAAUUGUUCAACACCCCCCGGAUGCUACAAUUUACUGAAGAAAUUUAUCACGGAGCAAGACAUCGUGCGCGUUUGGUUUGAAGGAAAUUUCUGGAUUUGAAGUACUCAAGGUUCGCUUAGUAUUUGGAAAUAUAUUUUCCCAAUCACAAGGGGGAUAUCUUAGGCUUUCAUUUUUCAUUGAGAUAGUUCAUUGUACAUUAUGGCUGACGAAUUUGACAUAGAAGCCAUGCUUGAAGCGCCGUACAAGAGUGCAGAAAAUGGCAAGUCAAAGAAACAUGACUCGGACGACGAUGAUGACGGGAAGAGCAAACGAUCACGACGCAAGCGCAGUAAAAGCAGAAGUCGAAGUGGAGAUCGACGUCGCAGCAAAAGGUCGCGUAGCGGAGAGAGACGAAAGAGACGAAGUCGUAGCGGGGAACGACGAUCACGUCGUAGUCCAAGUCCGGACAGACGUCGUCGUAGUCCAAGUCCUAGACGACGACCAAGUAGGGGAGAUGAAAAGCGUGAUAGGGAUAGAAAAAGAAGAUCGCGAAGUGGUAGUGACGACAGCGGCCAUUGGCAAGUUUUACCUCGUGAUGAAACAAUCUCCGCCGAAGAACGAGAUAGACGUACAGUCUUCUGUAUGCAGCUCUCGAGGAACAUAAGACCACGUGACUUGGAGGAGUUCUUUUCGAAAGUCGGACAAGUUCGUGAUGUUCGAAUCAUAUCGGAUCGUAAUUCAAGACGAUCCAAGGGCAUUGCAUACGUAGAGUUCACGGAUGCUUCUGCCGUUCCUUUGGCUUUGAAGCUCACUGGUCAACGUUUGCUUAACGCACCCAUCAUUGUACAGGAGACUCAGGCUGAGAAGAACAGACUAGCAGCUGAGGCUGAGAAAUUGAAACGUCCGCUAGGACCAACACGUGUUUACGUUGGCUCAUUACAUUUUAACAUUACCGAACAAAUGAUCAAAGCGAUAUUUGAACCUUUCGGCGUUAUAGAUACUGUUCAGAUGAUCAUGGAUUCCGAAACAGGAAGAUCCAAAGGAUAUUGCUUUAUACAAUUUCGUGAUCCCGAUAGUGCAAAAAGAGCUAUGGAACAGAUGAAUGGAUUUGAACUCGCUGGAAGACCAAUAAAGGUUGGUCCAGUAACAGAACGGACAGAUACUGGGGGAAUGUCAUUCCUUGACGAUGAGGAAUACGAGAAGGGGGGUAUUGUAAUGAACACUGCUGCAAGAGCUGCUCUGAUGCAAAAGUUAUCUCAAACACAUUCAGCUGGGUUAACUGUACCAGGUGCGCCCCCAGCUAAUCCAGCAGUAUCCAUUCUGCAGACACCAGUUAGCAUUCCAUUACCAACUCCUUGCUUGAUGAUAAGCAACAUGUUUGAUCCUUCAAAGGAACAAGACAAGGACUGGCAUUUGGACAUACAGGAUGACGUCUUGGACGAACUCUCAAAAUUAGGAGGCAUAGUUCAUAUUCAUGUUGAUCAGACAUCUAUGCAGGGAAAUGUUUACUUGAAGUGUGUCACACCUGAUAUUGCUGUGGCUGCUGUGAAGACGAUGCAUGGUAGAUAUUUUGCUGGUAAGCAACUUCUGGCUAAAACGAUGCCUUUGUCUCAGUACCACGGAAUGUUUCCAAAUGCAGCCAUGGCUGUGAAACCUUUGAAACCAACAGCUUGAUGUUUGCUCCAAUUCCUACUCAUCUUAAUUGCCUUGUGACAAUUUACAGGGUGGAAAUAGUCGCAGAAUGAUUGGUGGUUGCAAUCCAUUGUGUAUACUGCAUGUAAAUCUCUUUCCUUAUCUUUAAUUGUGUUAAACAUAAGCAAGUGUUUUUUCAGAAGUUCCUUCUUUAUGACAUGGGAUUCAUGGACUUGUGAAAUGAUAAAUAUCUUUAGCAGAUAACUCAUUUGACAUUCAAACUUUGAUCGUCUACUUUAGUGCACUUCAAAGUAUUUUUUUGAAGGAAUGUUACCCUGAGUUGGCUGCAAUGGUUGCUUAUCAGUAGUUGUAGAUAGUACAAAUUUAUUUUGUAUGAAUUCAUUUUCUCAUGACUGAGGACUA